AUGAAAUCACCCGCUCACUUGCGGGUUAUACCCUUCCUCCUACUUCCGCUAGCCACCGCGCAAUCCACUCCUGGCAGCGCCAGUGCCGGUUCCAGCAGCAGUGCCGCGGGAGGUUCUAGCUCUAACCCCAGCUCCAACCCCAGCUCCAGCCCGAGCCCUACCACGGGAGGAGGAGGUUCUGGUUCCAGCGCAAGCGAAACAGGUAGCAUCGGUAGCGUUGGCGGUCCAUCACUCACUUAUGCUAGCGAUAUCGUGGUCCCUGCCACCCCGCCUGUUCGCACCGCCACGCUCGGCAGCCAUGGUUCCUUCACCGGUUCUGCUAGCGUAACGGGUGCUCUUACGGGUUCUACCGUGCUAGCGUCUGCGCUUUCUGGCCAACCCGCAUCAGCCCAGGCAACGAGUUAUUCGUCCGAUGGUGAAUUGCACGAUGCGCAGCCUGCACCGUACUUUCCUGCCGGCGGGUUGGGGACGAAUGGUACCGCGCCCGUGUAUAAUGUGCGCAGCGAUUAUGAUUAUCAGUCUCUUGCCCUGGCACUACAUUGGGAAUGGACGAAAUACGACCUCCUUCAAACUGGCGCUUUACAGUUCGGGUCAAAGGAUUUCCAAGCCAUGGGUCUAACCGAGUCAGAUCACAGCAUGAUCGGUCUCAUGGCCAACCAGUCCCAAGGACACGCCACGCUACUCAGUAACAUACUGGGAGAAUCAGCCCCGGGGCCAUGCACUUACAACUAUCCAUUCAAACCAGCCUACGAAUUCAUCGACUUCAGUCAAAAGAUAACCACUCUCGCCAAGUCUACCAUUUACAACUUCCUCCCACACCUAGACUCCCGCGAAACAGCCAUGUUGGUCCUACAGCUUGUUUCUACCACCGCACGUCAGCACAUGGUGUUUCGCCAAUUCGAGGCUCUGCAGCCUAUGCCAGUCUGGUUUGAGGCUGGUGUUCCGCAGUCGUGGGGGUGGAGCUUGUUGGCUCCGUUUAUUAGCUCAUGUCCAGGUGAGGGGAGCUUGGUAUGGAGGAAUUUCCCCGCCUUGCAGAUUACGGAUGGACCUAAUCCUGCGAGAAAGGAUGGAACUGGAAUGAAUGAGACUAUGGGUGGCGGACUGGGAGUGGUGAAUUCCACUGCCGUUCCAUCUGGCAAGUCAUGUUUGGGCUCUACUUCGGGUAGUGGCAGUAAAAGGGAAAGACGAGGCCGCAUUGAUCUCAAGUACGCGAACAUUGCAGCCACCAACACUACUGGCGGAGGCGGUGGUGGCAGCAACUCUGCCUCCAGUGGUGCUGCGAAGCCUACAGGCACCGGUGGAAGCGGAAGCGGAAGUGGAGGCGGCGGCGGCGGUCUCAGCGCCGAAUGCAUGCCUGGUAUCACAUCUAACCGCACCAAACCCUUGUCCAAACCAGGUCGCGAGGUCCAUCUUCAAUGGGAAUCUGCUGGCCAGCCCGUUGGCCCGAACAAUAGCUACAUCACCAGCUCUCAGGCAAAGAAGCCCGCUUUCGUCGCUUGGAUUACGCAACUGAAUGUCACAUAUACCCCCUUACAGGUGAUGAGCGAUGACACCGGCGGCAGCAGCGGUGCUGGUGGUGGUGGAGGAGAGAGUGUCAGUUCAGGCAGUAGUAGUGCUACAGGCGCAACGAGCAGUGCGAUGCCCUCUGGAACGACUGGGGGCGGUGGUUCGUCGAAUACUAUGGGCACAUUAAGCGGCUCACAACCUACCGGCAGCGGAAGUGCUUCAAACAGUACUGGGUCAUCAGGUGGUGGCAGCUCUUCAAACGGAACCAGCUCGUCAAACGGCACCACAGGCGGAAUGGCCACCGGUAUGACUGUACAGCCAGAUCUAUCUACAUUUGAAGGUGACCCGGCCGUGAAUGGAACCGUGUUUAUUGCUAUCACAGACGAAAACCUGUUCCUUACGCCAUUCAACCUGAGUCUGAUUGAUGCCCAUGUUGUUGCUGGGCCAGCUUUAUACCAAGCUGGUUAA